AUGGCCGAAGGGAUUGACACCUUGAAAUCCCUGUACUCGCGUCCGGGGAGGUCGUUUUCCAACGGCCCUUCUUCGAACGCAGCGGGUGGGUCUCGUCGUACUGCUCGAAGAGACCAAAGACAUCAACAAUCAGCUGGGCACGAGGCUACCAGCUGUCCCACGUCGGUGGAUAGCCACGCCAGUGGACGAGGUAACUCGUCUGGACGCCAUUCACAUCGCGAUGGUUCAAAAUACGCUUCACUAGAAAGCGUUGACCACCGCUUGAGGCCACCAAAGGAUGUGGUGGCGGUGGGAACACCUGAUCCGGCUCGAGGGCCGGAUCAUCUUGAUGUUCAAGAGCUGAACCGUGCAAUUAAUCAGUUAUACGAUGAUCUGGAUCAUGAACGGUCUCGGCGCUAUGCGCUCAUGAUCUCGUAA